GAGAACAGGGCUCCACAAGUGGGCGUGACUUCGGAGUUACCUGGGAUAAAGAAAACUGCCUCGUUGUGCUGAGUAGAUGAUGCUGAAAUCAGAUCAAUGAGCUAACACAGGUGCUGAGCGCGACUGAGGCGAACCAAACGGGAUUUUUGCGCCAUCCUCCGGGGAAGUGGCAGUUUUAGAGUGCUUCUUCUGUCGUACGACCAAUUAUUGCUGUCAGUCUGAGGCAUGCUGAGCUUAUAAAGCCCCUGUUCUAAGAAUAACUGCAUCCCUCGACCUGUCCUCCCCGCCGCUGCAGAACUCAGCUAGGAUGGCUGCCGACUCCACCAUGAGAUCUGAAGUAGAGGAGCUGCAGAGGAGGGCCAAUCAGGUGACAGAUGAGUCCCUAGAGAUCACUAGAAACAUGAAGCUUCUGUUAGAGGAGAGUAAAGAUGCUGGAAUCAGGACACUUGUUAUGUUGGACGAGCAGGGAGAACAACUGGACCGCAUCGAUGAGGGCUUGGAUCAGAUCAACAAGGACAUGAAGGAAGCUGAGAAAAAUCUCACUGACAUGGCCAGGUGUUGCGGUCUCUGCAUCUGGCCAUGUACAAAGCUAAAAGACUUUGAAGCAAGUGGGGCUUAUAAGAAGGUAUGGGGUAACAAUCAGGAUGGGGUGGUGUCUAGCCAGCUCUCUUCCCGAGUGGUGGAUGAGAGAGAGAAAAUGACGAUGAGCGGUGGAUAUAUUAGAAGAGUGACCAACGAUACAAAGGAGGAUGAAAUGGAGGAAAACUUGGCCCAGGUAGGCAGUAUCCUUGGCAACCUCAGAAGCAUGGCACUUGACAUGGGCAAUGAAAUCGACACUCAGAAUGUCCAGAUUGAACGCAUACAGAGCAAGGCCAUGGUCAACGAGUCCCGCAUCAAUGAGGCCAAUCAGAGGGCCACAAAGCUUAUACCAAGAUAAAGAAAUGGGAGAGAGUCCAUGAUUUGUUAAACUCGUUUACAGUUUUUGUAGGAAAAUGU